AUGCUGCUUCAGGUGCAACAAAACAGCAGCUUUGCUCCAUGGAGGCCCUCAGCAGUAGCAGCUCUGCAGCAGGGGCUCCCCUGGGACCUGCAGCAGCAGCAGCAGCUGCAGCAGCAGCAGCAGCAGCAGCAGCAUCUUGGGCCCCCCCUAAGUGGUGGGGUUGUCUCUCUUGGUAUGCCUUCAUUGCUGCCUUAUAUGCUACCUGGUGUAUCUCCUUUGCUUUCGUUUCCUGCGUUGCGCCCCGGAGCAGCAGCAGCAGCAGCAGCAGCAGCAGCAGCAGCAGCAGCAGGAACUCUGCGACAGCAGCAGCGCCUUGCUGAGUUACCUUCACCCCCCCCUGGCCAUCCACUGCCUUACAUUGUUUACUCCCCCAAACUCCGCAGCAUUGUCGUACACUUCGCUCUCCCUCCUCUAAACCCUCUCUUCUCCCACCAAGGGGGCCCCCAAGGGGCCCCCCCCUCAGGGGCCCCCCCAGGGGGCCCCCAAGGGUCCCUUCCAGGGGGCCCCACAGGGGUGCCCCCAGGGCACUUCCCAGGGGGCCCCCAAGGCUCCCCACAGGGGGCCCUACAAGGGGCCCCCCCAGGGGGCCCCCAAGGUUCCCUUCAAGGGGGCCCCACAGGGGGCCCCCCAGGGGCCCCCCAAGGGUCCCUUCAAGGGGCCCCCACAGGGGGCCCCCCAGUGUACUCCCCAGGGGGCCCCCCUGGGGGCCCCCAUGGGGGCCCCCCGGGGGGUUUGGAAGGGGCCCCUUCAGGGGGGCCUUCAAGAGGGGGGUGUAUUAGCGUUGGGAGUAAAGGAGGGUUCUUGAGAAGUGUGCGGAGCCGAUCGUUUGCAUUGGGAGGAGGCCUCUUUUGCAGAUUAUUCAGCAGCAAAAGAUAUGGAAGGCCUCUAGCUGAAGCACUAGCGAUGCAGUUUGUAUCAAGGCUGCAAACAGAGCUCCUUGGGGGGCCUCCUCACCCUCCUCAUACUGCUGCUGCUGCUGCUACUGCUGCUGCUGCUUCUGCUGCUCCUUCUGCUGCUGCUGCUGCUGCUGUGGCUGGUAUUCGUAGCAACCAGGGAAGUGGGAGGGGGCCCCAAGAGGGGAGAGGACUGGGAGAGAGAACAAAAAGAAAUGAAACUACUGCUGCUGCUGCUGCUGCUGCUGCAACUGCAACUGCAGCAGCAACUGCAGCAGCAGAAAACAAACAUACUCUCGUGAAACCUAACCGAAAGGGAGCCACAGGAGCAUAUUAUUCAGCAGCAGCUGCAACUGCUUCUGCUGCUGCUGCUGCUACUGAUACUCCUGCUGCUGCUAAUUCUGCUGCAGCAGCAGCAGCAGCAAGAGAGACAGAGAAGGAGGCCUUAUAUCGGCAAGCAGAUAAUGCUGCAGCAGCGCAGCAGCAAAAAAACAAAAGAGGCCGAGAGACAGAAGAAAUCCACCAAACAAAAAACAGAAAUGAAACUGCAAACGCAACUGCUGCUGCUGCUGCUAGUCCUGCUGCUGCUGCUGCUGCUAGUCAGGAAACGACAGCAAAUGUUCGUGGCCCUGCCACCCCUGCUGCUGCUGAUGAUGCUGCUGCUGAUGCUGCUGCUGAUGCUGCUGAUGCUCCUGCACUGGCGAGCAGCGACAGGCAUUCGGAAGAUGCUGCUGCUAGCGCUGCUGCUGCUGCUACUGCUGCUGCUGCUGCUGCUGCUUCCCAGCCGAGGCCCAGGGGCCGCCCACGCGUUCCAAGUGGAGAUACGUCAGCUGCUGCUCCUCAACCCCUCACUGAAGACGCUCAUCUGCAGCAGCAGCAGCAGCAACAGCAACAGCAGCAGCAGGAGUUAGACCCUGAGGAAGAAACUGCAGCAGCAACGGAAAAGGUGUGGCGCCAGCAGCAGCAAAAAGGCAGAAAGAGGCGUCGACUCAGCGACUGCAGCAGCAGCUGCAGCAGCAGCAGCUCCAGCUCAAGCAGCAGCAGCAACAGCAACUCUAGCAGCAGCAGCAACAGCAGCAGCAGCGGGGGCCCUACGCGGCGAGGAAGACCUCUGCGGCGCCCAGCAGCAGCCCAAGGGCCCAGUACCCACUGCAGCAGCAGCAGCAACAGCAGCAGCAGCAGCAGCAGCAGCAGGAGCAGCAGCAGCCGAACUGACGCCGCCGCUUCGGAGGACUGGCUGCCUCCACCAAGCCACGUAACGACGAAGGCCAGCAGCAGCAGCAGCAGCAGCAGCAGCAGCAGCAAGGCCUCGUCUGGUAUGUACUGGGGAGAAGGUGAAGAGGCGCCCAAGAGACCGCAGCGCGCUGCUGCAGCUGCUGCUGCUGCUGCUGCUUCCCGCUUCCUUCAGCUGGAAGGUGAACAGGAGCAGCAGCAAGAGAGAUACAAAGAGCUAGAACCCCAGCAGCAGCAGCAACAGCAACAAGAGCACCAUCAGGGGGAAGAGCUGCACGAGGAAGCCCCAGAGCAGCAGCAGCACGCCCGCAAGCAACAGCAGCAGCAGCAGCAGCAGCAGAAGCAGCAGCGGCCGCAGCGCAAGGCAGGUGGGCCGCUGAAACUCAAAGGCCGACUGCUGCCUAACACCGAAGCCCUUCAGCAAUAG